AUGAAUUCUUCACAUUUGGGUAAUUUGCUUCCGCCGGUUCUCUCUCCUCUGCAAUUGAAUCGUUUCUCUCUCUUCUACUCACGCUCCUCUCUUUCAUCCACAACUCGUAUUCUUAGAGCAACAUCUCGAAGACUUUUUAUUGUCGCAAAGGCACAGUCUCUAUCAAAUAUGGCUAAUCAUGUUGUUGACCUGGAUCAAGAGAAUGUUGGGAGUCUCAAGCAACAAAUAGCGAAGAUAUUUGAAGAAUCGUUAAGAUUAACUGUCCCUGACGAGUUGGAUGUAGAGCCUGCAAUUGCUCCGUGCCAAAAUCCUAAAUUUGGUGACUACCAAUGCAACAAUGCAAUGGGCUUGUGGUCAAAGGUUAAAGGCAAGGGUACACAGUUCAAAGGCCCCCAACCAAUAGGACAGGCCAUUAUCAAAAAUCUUCCUUCAUCUGAAAUUAUAGACUCGUGCUCAAUAGCUGGACCCGGCUUUGUAAAUGUUGUAUUGUCUCAGAAAUGGAUAGCAAAGAGUAUUCAAAGGAUGCUAGUCAAUGGUAUUGAAACAUGGUCUCCUAAGCUUCCCGUCAAAAGGGCAGUGGUUGACUUCUCGUCACCAAAUAUAGCAAAAGAAAUGCAUGUCGGGCACUUGAGAUCCACUAUCAUUGGAGAUACACUGGCACGUAUGCUGGAAUACUCAAAUGUUAAUGUUCUACGGAGAAACCAUGUUGGUGACUGGGGCACACAGUUUGGUAUGCUAAUCGAAUACCUUUUCGAAAUGUUUCCAAAUGGGCAAGUUAAUGAUCAAGCCAUUGGAGAUCUGGAGGCGUUUUACAAGGCAUCGAAGCAGAGAUUUGACAGUGAUCCUGCAUUUAAGGAGAGGGCCCAACAGGCUGUGGUCAGUCUUCAGGGUGGAGAAAAGAGGUAUCGGACAGCAUGGACACAAAUUUGUGAAAUCAGUAGAAGGGGGUAUGAAAGGGUUUAUGAGCGACUUGGAGUAGAGUUAGAGGAAAAGGGAGAAAGUUUUUACAAUCCAUAUAUUCCGGGGGCUUUAGAGUUGUUGAGCAAACAUGGAUUAAUUGAAGAAAGCGAAGGAGCUCGUGUUAUCUUUAUUGAAGGGAAAAAUAUUCCUCUUAUUGUCGUGAAGAGGGAUGGUGGUUACAACUACGCUUCAACUGAUCUUGCUGCAUUAUGGUAUCGACUUAAUGAAGAAAAGGCGGAGUGGAUUAUAUAUGUAACUGAUGUUGGCCAGCGAGAGCAUUUUGAAAUGGUCUUUACGGCUGCCAAACGAGCUGGUUGGCUUCCAGCUGAAGAUAAUAAGUAUCCCAAAGCUAGCCAUGUAGGAUUUGGGCUUGUUUUAGGAGAAGAUGGAAAGCGAUUCCGCACUCGCAGUACUGAAACUGUCAAAUUGGUCGAUUUACUUGAUGAAGCCAAAAGUCGAUGCAAAACAGUUUUAAUCGAAAGAGGUAAGGCUGAUGAGUGGACCGAGGAGGAGCUUGAUAGAACUGCAGAAGCAGUUGGAUAUGGUGCCGUAAAAUAUGCUGACCUCAAGAAUAACAGAACUACCAAUUACACCUUUAAUUUUGAUCAGAUGCUUAGUGAUAAGGGAAAUACUGCUGUGUAUCUGCUGUAUGCACAUGCUCGAAUAUGCUCAAUUAUAAGGAGAUCGGGUAAAGAUGUAGAAGAAUUGAAAAAGGUUGGAACUUUAGAGUUGGCUCAUCCCGAUGAACGUGUAUUAGGACUUCAUUUGCUCCAGUUUGCUGAGAUUGUUGAAGAAGCGUGCACCAAUCUGUUGCCGAAUGUGUUGUGUGAAUACUUAUACAAUUUAUCCGAAGACUUCACGAGAUUUUAUACCAACUGUCAGGUUGUUGGCUCAGCAGAGGAGACUAGUCGACUCUUGUUGUGUGAGGCAACAGCAGUCGUCAUGAGAAAAUGCUUCCACUUGUUAGGUAUCACACCUGUAUACAAAAUUUGA